UUUCGAAAUUUCGCUAAAAUUAUAAAUUUUACUUUAUUUUAUGAAUAAAAUUGAAUAAAUACUAUCAAUUAAAAUGUCUAGUAAUACAAACCCUUUAGCUGGGACGGCGCAUCUUCUCGACGAAUUAGACAAGAAACUAAUGGUGUUGCUGCGUGACGGAAGGACGCUUAUCGGGUAUUUACGCUGCGUGGAUCAAUUCGCUAAUCUAGUGCUCCACAAGACAAUAGAACGAAUACACGUUGGCAAAGAAUACGGUGAUAUUCCGAGAGGCAUUUUCAUUGUUAGAGGAGAGAAUGUUGUUCUACUUGGUGAAAUAGACAAAGACAAAGAAGAAAAUCUCCCUCUAACGGAAGUAUCAGUAGAUGAAAUACUAGAUGCUCAAAGAAGAGAACAAGAUGCGAAGAUUGAUCAACAAAAAUUGUUAUCAAAAGCUUUAAAAGAAAGAGGGCUUAAUUUACUAGCAGAUCUUGGACACGAUGAUAUGUUUUAAGUUUUCGGAAAUAUAUUAAAAUUUAUAUUUGUUAAAAGGCUGUAAUAAUGUGAACUAAAAUUAUUAUAAUA